GCGUCGCUUUGGCUGUCGCUGCCGCUGCCGCUGCCGCCCGCCGCCCGCCGCCCGCCGCCCCCGCGAUGCUGGCCCUGCGCCGCGGCCCCCGCCUGCUGCCCCUGCUCCCGGCCCGCGCCUGCAGCGCCCGCGCGGCCUCGGCGCCCGGGAACCCGCUCGUCUACCUGGACGUGGGCGCCGACGGGCAGCCGCUGGGCCGCGUGGUGCUGGAGCUGAAGGCCGACGUCGUCCCGAAGACCGCAGAGAACUUCCGAGCCCUGUGCACGGGUGAGAAGGGCUUCGGCUACAAGGGCUCCACCUUCCACAGAGUCAUCCCGUCCUUCAUGUGCCAGGCCGGAGACUUCACCAACCACAACGGCACUGGGGGCAAGUCCAUCUACGGAAGCCGCUUCCCCGAUGAGAACUUCAAGCUGAAGCACGAGGGCCCAGGUGUCCUGUCCAUGGCAAACGCGGGCCCCAACACCAACGGCUCCCAGUUCUUCAUCUGCACCAUCAAGACAGACUGGCUGGAUGGCAAACACGUUGUGUUCGGGCACGUCAAGGAGGGGAUGGAGGUCGUGAGGAAAAUUGAGGCGCUGGGCUCCAAGAGUGGGAAGCCCUCCAAGAAGAUCGUCAUCACAGACUGCGGCGAGCUGAGCUGACCGCGGCUCAGCACACGUGGGUGACUCACCUGGUGACUGCCCCAGCCGCCCGUCACGGCAUCCUUCCCACCUCAGCGUGCCCAGCAGUGCCCUCGGGAACACGCCCCGGGCCAGUCAUGGCCGACUUGUCCCCUGCUUGGACAGCAGCUGCGGGCUGGGCUGGGUGGCUCGGGCUGCCUUCACUGCAGCUUCUGUCAGGACCGAUGCGGCCGCGAGCCGAGGCCCUGCUGUGACUUGCUGUGCGAGUCGGCGGGCCCAGGGCUGCUGUGCGUUGUCUUUGCUUUGUUUCGAUAAACGCGACCUACUGAUGACACGUACCCGUGCGUAUGUGCACCCACACCUACGUACAUGUGCUGCCCUCGCCUACAAUGUGAAGUAAAUCUAUUUUCUGUGAAA